UGUACAAAAUAAUAACAAAUUAGGUGUGCAAAACAAGAACAAUUUGAUUAAUAGAAGGUCUUUGGCGCAUCCUCGGUUGCCCCUGAGUGCUGCUGCACUCUCGUGUGAAAACAAAAACAUAAGCACAAAUUUUCCAGCUCAACUGCGUAGUACCAAAGGAAAAUGUUUACUUAAUUACAAAAUAAAACAAUAAAGUUCAUAUUGUUAACUCAACAAAAAUCAACAGCAUCUUCUGUGGAAAACUGCACUGAACUGAACUGCAACCAACUGAGAAACGGAGAACAUGAGAAUCGCCACCGCUCGUAAAUAAUUUAAGACAAUCCACUGAAAAUGCAAGUUCCAUUUGCUUAGAAGAUAACUAAGAACUUAAUUCAAAGAAUUACACAAUUGGCAUAGGAUCGCAUAGAACCAUGUCUAAUCUGGUAAACAUGGACAAAUCAAAUGGCAAUGGCGUUUAUGCAACAAGCAGCUGCCACACAGAUAAUGCAGUUGCCACAACAACCACAUCGACAGCUCUGAACACGGCAAAUAAUAUAAACAUUAUGAAUGGCGCCGCAGCCGUUGCUGCCGCUGCAGCAGGUGCCACAUUGCCCACAUCCGCCUCGAGCGAGGACCUCAGCCAAAGCCUGUCCGAGUAUACAGAUGCCGAUGAGAGCAUAUCAGCACCCACAGAAUUUCUCGCGGAGUUUCUGUCGGCCGUCAUGCUGAAGGACUAUAAGAAGGCUUUGAAAUACUGCAAAUUGAUUUUGCAAUAUGAGCCCAACAAUGCCACAGCUAAAGAGUUUUAUCCCCUCAUAUUGGACAAGCUGCGCGUGACCACAUCAAGUGACAGCGACGAGAACUAUAAUAAAUCAUCAUCACCUGAGCUGGCCUUGGAUCUGGAGGUACCCUGUGAGGAUAGUGUGAGCAGCCACAGCAACAGUCACAGUCACAGCAGCAGUCGCAACAAUUGCUCCGAUGAUGAUAACGAUGAUGUGGAUGAAGAUGAGGAGGAUGACGACGAUGAUGACAUCGAUGUAGUUGAUGUGGAGGAGGAGGAGAGCAGCAGCGGUGAUGACUACGAUCUGCCCAUAGAUGAGCAACAGGAUGUGGCCGCUGUUGACAGUCUGGCAGCUCACACAUCCCAUUCCCACUCCCAAAAUGACUCCGGCUCAUCACGCAACUCCUCCAGUGGCGGCGGUGGUCGUAGUGACAAUACCACGCACUCAUAUUCCAGUUUGUUACUGGAGGAGGAGGACGACAUUGUGCCGGUCAAUUUGCAAUUUGGCAACAAGGAAGCAAAUUCAACAGAUUUGGACAUCAGCAAUGGCAACAAGGUGACGUCAGCUUCCUGCAGCGAUUCAGAGUCCCCAACAGAACCGUUAACACAGCGAUUGGCGGCUAUAUUGCGAUCCAAAUGCGGCGUUUCGGCCAACAAUGAUGACGAGCCCUAUUGAGGCGUAACUUUCAUCAGCAAUUUACAUAUACAUGCAUACUUAUAUACAUAUAUUUACUAUAUACACGUACAUACCUAUAUUCUUGUACUUAUACUCGAAACUCAACUGAGCGACAAGUUUACAAUUCCUUUGCCCAACUAGUUUCCACUAGUGCAUACUCGCUUUACAAACCUAGAAACCGUCCCUAAAAGCAUACAAUAUAUUGCUAUAAAUAUAUAAAAUAUUAUACCAGUGACUAUAUUUCAAAUUGCAAUUACUAUAGCAGCAAAGUUUUUGUCCCAAAACAAAUUCCCUAGACAAACAUAUCGUACAAACUUAAUAGGUAUAUAUUAUACUUCUAGUAGUCAUACGACCUUGUAAUGUGUAUGUAAAUUGAGAAAAAUGUAUACUCAACUUGUUAAGAGAGACUCCCAAUAAAAAUACAAAUACUCAAAUAUAUAUACCAAACUGUAAACAAAUACAUAUAUACGAUACGAAUUGUAUAACGGAAUCUAUUUUAGUAAAACGCACAGGACUUGGAUAAUUGUUGGAAAACUUUACACGUUAGCAUUUUAUAGAGAACGAUUGUUUUUCCAUACAGUUUAUAAAAUACUUAGUAUUAAUUUAGUAAACGAGGCGAGUUCGGAUAAGUCUGAUAUUGUGGCAUGAAGCAAGGAGUACUACAACUGAAAUGGUCCAAAAGUCUUAAACUAUGUAGAAUGAAAAUAUAACAUAAAAACAUUUUUGAUUUUCUAAUAAACGAAACAACAGUCACAUUGCAUUGAUAUUGAUGACAGAUUACAUUAACAACAAAUACAUACAUAAUUACCCACAUUUAUUAAAAUGUAUUCGAAUUAAUCGAUCGAACAUAUGAUUCAGUUAUGUAUAGUAAUUUAAUAGUAUUUGUAUUUGUAUUCAAAUUUAAUUCGAAUUGUAUUGUACGUAUAAUGGUAAUAAUAGAAGUUGUAAUAAAGAAAGAAGGCGAAAUGUUGCGUUU